UAGUUCGUAGACGUUUUUCAUCAAUUGUUUAGUUUACACUCGAUUCUCAACUAAAUCACUAGUCUUCAAUAAAAAGAAGAAGAAGAAAAAGAGAAGAAUAGAAAAUAAAUUUAGAACAAUCAUUCAAAAACAAAAAUGGGUAAAGAAGAUCCAGAGACGACUGCCCUGAAAAAAGAACUCGAGGAUUUAAUCAGCAAGUGCCAGGAGGAUCAAAAGAAGCAACAAGACACAACAUUGGAAGAAGCGUGCGGAAGUGUUGGUGAUGCUCCAAAAGUGAAAAUGACAACGAAAAAAAUGCUGAAGGGACACAUCAAUAAAGUGAAUUCGGUUCAUUACAGUGGCGAUAGUAGACAUUGCGUGACAGGAUCAUUGGAUGGAAAAUUAAUAAUUUGGGACUCCUGGACGGGAAAUAAGGUACAAGUAAUUCCCUUACGUUCAGCGUGGGUGAUGUCCGUUGCAUUUUCACCAUCGGGAAAUUUUGUCGCUUGCGGAGGAAUGGACAACAUGUGCACCGUUUACGAUGUAAAUAAUCGCGAUUCCACUGGUUCAGCGAAAAUGGUGCGCGAAUUACUUGGCUAUGAGGGAUUUCUUUCAUCCUGUCGAUUUCUCGACGAUCAAAAAUUAAUCACCGGCUCCGGCGACAUGAAAGUAUGCAUAUGGGACUUGGAGGCGAAUAAAAAGACGACAGAUUUUAGUGCUCACGCUGGAGACGUUUGCACCAUGAGUUUGGGUCCUGAUUUUAGCACCUACGUGACUGGUUCGGUGGACAGAACAUGUAAACUCUGGGACAUGAGAGAAGAAAACGCGAAACAGACUUUCUUUGGACACGAGUCGGACGUUAAUUCAGUUUGUUAUCAUCCAUCGAGUUAUGGUUUCGCAACAGCCUCCGAGGACAAAACGGCCCGAUUAUGGGAUUUUCGAUCGGAUCAACAGCUAGCGACAUUCAAGCCACCGAAUUCAAAUCCAGGAUUCACAUCGUGUGCACUUUCUCUAAGCGGUAGAUUUAUUUUCUGCGGCAGUGAUGACAAUUCAAUUCACAUCUGGGAUACACUGAAAAAACAACAUAACGGUAUACUUUCUGGUCAUGAAAAUCGAGUGACAUCAAUUUGCAUGUCACCCAAUGGAAUGGCACUUGCAAGCUGCUCCUGGGAUCAACAUGUUAGAAUCUGGGUCUAGGACAAAUUAUUCCACCUAUAAUAUCUUGACGAACAAAACAAUUACGUGUUAUCAAUUUAUUGUACUUUGAGAAAUAAAAAAAAUAAGAAUUGUAUGAUUUAUACUUAGUCUGCAUUGUCAUUCCAUUUUCGAAAACAAAAAUAUA